AUGACGGCCCUCGCUUUGCUAGCUAGCCUGCAGUUUAUGCUACCUUUUGUUUCUCCUGCGAGAAACAUUUCUCUCAAGUGCAUGCAAGACACUGACGAAUUCCUUUCCGAUCUGAAUUCACUGAAGCCCAAGGAAUACGCUCUGAGAAUGUAUGACUCGGUGGGAAAGCUUGGAAGCAACGUUCUCAAUGGCAACGUGGACAGGCUGGGAUCCUACAGCGAGUGUCUUUCCACCCGGAGCCCCGAGGGGAGUUUCCGAGGCCAGUACUGCAAGCUUCACGUACUGCAGGAUGGCGCAGACUACAGUGUGGGUGUGUGUGUCCCUGAUUCUUGUGGUGAAGAGGAUGUGACCAUUCUGUCUCAGCUGGAUAUUCUAAAGUUCAGAAAUACUUCAUUUUUGGCACCUUCCCUCUCCCUCUUUGCGCGAAACUCUUCCUCCUCAUCAUGUGAAAGCGUGGCCAGAUGUGCUGCUGGGGUGCUGCGGCUGGACACGUUUGCCUCUGUGUGUCUGUUCAUCACCUUGCUAGGCCUGGUCCUUCCUGUGGCUGGGACUGUUUACAUGGUGGCCAGGGGCUGGGGUUUGGACCUCAGAACGUCGCCGGCCCAUGGGACUUCUCCUGCAGGUUGUGAGAGUCUGCCUUUGAGAAACAUGGAGAACAAUGGAAAAAGAAGCAGGAGCCUGCAGACCAAUUGUCAAGUCCAUCUCUCCCCACCAGGACCCCCGAGCAGAGGAAAACGGUUUCUAGGAGUCGUGGAUGGAGCUCUACAGUGCUUUUCUUGGCAAAAGAACAUUCCGGCCAUCUGCACCCCAGAGCUGCCAGGAGGCACCUGCCAGACACUGAAUGGGAUCCGAGUCCUGAGUCUCCUCUGGAUUGUCUCAGGACACACCAGUCAGAUGACUGCUUGGCUCUCUUUGGAUAAUGUGCUCGAAUGGAAAGCCACAGUGCCUGUAAACCCGCUGUACCUCUACUCUCGGAGUGGCCCCUUCUAUCUCGGGGUGGAUACGUUUUUCCUGAUCAGUGGCUGGUUAAGUGCACGGUCAUUUCUAAAGAUGCACCAGAACACAAACACGGGAAUAACCCUUAAAGUCAUACUCAGAUACUUCCUCAAACGUUUUACAAGAUUGCAGCGUCUUCAUCUGUACUCAGUGUGCUUGCUGGUUGGACUCUUCUCUUUCGUCCCCUGGGGACCUGUCUGGGAAGUUCCACAGUUCCACUGGGAGAACUGUCGGCAAGUCUGGUGGACGAAUCUGCUGCUGCUGAAUAACUUCGUGUCCGUUCAGAAUGCCUGCAAUGGCUGGACUUGGUACCUGGCCAACGACUUCCAGUUCCACCUCAUCACUCCGCUGCUCUUCUUUGUCCAUGGAAAAAAUAAACGUGUCCUCAUCCUCCUCGGGGCCCUGCUGUUCCUGACAUCUUUCUCGGCCACUGCUCUGCUCACGUUGGCUUAUAAACUUCCAGUGGCAUCUCCGUCAGCAGCCAGUGAGAAGGCGGCUGCGCUGUAUUUCUCAGAGUAUUACACCAAGCCCUACUGCCGGUGCGGCCCGUUCCUCGUGGGCCUCUUCCUGGGCAUGUUCAUGCAUUCAGACCACGCGACAAGCGUUCUCAAAACCAUGGUGCAGGCCAUGCUGGGCUGGGCUUUCUCUCUGCUGACCCUGUUUGUGGUUGUUGCCCUCGCAUACAUAGUGGAUGAUGCUUCACCAGCCUCCUCCGUGGCUGCUGCUAUCUACCAGGCCCUGCAUCGGACCCUAUGGGCAGCGGCUGUGGGCUGGGUCAUCUUUGCCUGUCAGGAAGGCUAUGGAGGUCUGGUGACGCGUGUGCUUUCUUGUGGCAUCUGGAGUCUCCCAGCUAGGAUCAGUUAUGCCUGCUACCUCGUCCAUCCCAUCGUGAUCAUUCUCUAUAAUGGACUGCAGGAGACCCUCAUCCACUAUUCUGACACCAAUAUGUUCUAUCUUUUCUCUGGACACUGUGUGCUGACCUUCCUCUCUGGGCUGGCCUUGACACUGUUCAUCGAGCGGCCAUGGCAGGAGCUGAAGUGGGGCCUGUGGGGACCAGAGCCUGCUGGUCCAUGAGUGUUUCAGCUGAAACCCAAGAGAACCACACAGCCCACCUGUCUGUGGCCCUUGGAAGGAAUGUGAAUCUGAC